AUGACUACGAAAAAGGAAGAGGUUGUUCGCAACGAGAUACUGUGCACAACCCUUGCAAAGCUGCAAUCCAUAGACGCUGCUCACACCAGCCAGAUGGCAUACAUCAUUCGGCGGGCAAACCUGUCCAGCACUGUGGUGCUUGCGGCGGUGUCGCUUCUUCUAAAAGGGAAGGAGAAGCUGCCUGCGUACAUACAGAGCCUCAGGAAGAGCAUGGCCGAGGGCGAGCCCAGCAGCGGCGCCGAGGGCAAGCUGGAGAGCGCGCUGAGCCUGUACAACAGCACGUACAUGCUCUUCUCCAUAUGCUUAAUAAUUUCGUCGAAAUACCUCAUAGACCGGUCGUACAUAAACAGAACGUGGGCAAACAUUCUGAUGAUUGAAAAGCAGCUGCUCAACGAGUACGAGCGCAGGCUCCUGGAGGUUUUUGAGUACAGAAUAGAGCUGAGCAACGCCUCGAUCGACGAGCUCAUGGACAAGCUGGACGCGGCGCCCACCAAAAAAGAGAAGAAAGAAUACGGCUUUGUGAGAAGAAUUAAAAAAAUAGUGGCGUGUCUUUUCUACCAGAAAUAG